UUUCCGGAAAUGAUUUCAAGAUGGAGAAAUUUGUUUUGUUUAUGUUCUUAAAAAUAUCAUUUAUAGCAGGAGACAUCAUUUUACAAACAGAUGAGUUUUGUUCUGUCUGCUAUGAAGAGUAUUGUAGAAAUCCAGCGUACUAUCGAACCAAAUACAACUUUCAAAACAGCAUAGAUGGAUAUGAGGAUGUUAGGUCACAGUCCUAUAAUUUUUACCAGGACUCAAGGAACUGUAUUGUAUCCAUAAAGGCCAAGCCUGAGCAUCAGAUAACAGUUGCUUUAGAUGUUCUUGACAUUGAUGCCAACCAUGGUCCUGUUAAUGAAGAUGGCAUUCCAUCCUACUGCAAAGAUUUUCUGAAACUUUUUAAUGGGCCUCGUGUUGACAAUGCCAGACUGAUCCCUGGAUUUCCCCCUGGAGGUUUGUGUGGGAAAAUCCGAUCCUCCGCAGAUUUCCCCAAUCUGAGAUCCUUCAAAACUACACAGAAUGAACUGACUGUACAGUUUGUUACUGACAAUAAAAAAGAUAGCAAAAUUGGAUUCACGCUCCGAAUCAGGCAGAUUCCUUACUCUAAUCCAGGGAACCUGUAUCCAGAUGGCAGUAAUCCUGGUGGUUGGAGUGAUGGCUCGUUCAACGAGUUCCAGAAUAACUGGGAUGAACAGAUUGUGAUCCCUGGGGGACAGGGUCCGGGCAGUGGGAACGAUUACGACAAGGAAACGAAUGGUCUGACCUGCUACUCCUGUAGUUACUGUAACGUAGAACCAUUUAAACCUGAGGACUCUGGUGUGGGUACGGAGACAGGAUGUCAUGUCUGCUCCAAGGAGUGGGACGAUGAAUACCAAGUUGCCAGAAGAAAGUGUUACUCCCAGAUUGAGUAUUACAGAGUGCUACAAAGCUUAGGAACAGAUUUGCAGCCAGUCACAGACUACAUUGGUUGUAAAAAAUUUAUCACCACCUAUCAGCGAGCCGUAAACUACUGCUUCUGCAAGGGAAACAAGUGCAAUUCAGGCAAUCAUGUGAUGUACAGUCCAAUAGUUGUGAUUUUUAGCCUUUUAUUAGUGAAGUUUUUAUACAAAAUCUGAGAAAAACUUCAUCUUUUAGAAAGGAACUGUUUUUCUACAAGGCUGUGCCAUUUUAUGGAUUGGAAUAUACAUAUCAUGACUU